UUUUUGUUGAUAUUUGACUUGAGUGCGACUGCGCGCGGCGUUGUACGUUGUAGGAUGACGCGUUUUGUCAAAAGAAACGACGGAUCGGGAGAGAGACAGAUAGGUGAAAAGUGAGCUCGAUGUAGGGGAGGGGCACCCGUACCCUUGUAUCUCCUCCACAUAGACGAAAAGCAAACAAACCUGCCCUAAAAACGACCCGAAGCAGGACCGCGGUGAUCGGGCACCGAAUCGGACGAUUGUUCGGUUCAGUUUGGUCCGAUCCUACUCUACUCGACUGGAUGCGAUUAGUCGCGCCGUUUCAAGCAGUCCAGAGGCCGCCAAAAUAACCCAAUCGCCAUUAUAUGAUCCAGUUUCCAGCGUCGUUGCUGCCCUCCAUGUGGGUGAGGGACCUGUGCGUGUCGGGCUAUGGCGAGAAAAACAGUUAGCAGGAAAAGGAAGGCAGGGGAGAUCAAGGAACAACAGUUUGACUGGUGUCAGUCUGGGUUUAAGCGUGCCCGCGUGUGCAGCUCGGCGCUUCAUGCGCAUCACUGGUGGCAGAACGGGCGUUCGGUGGUUUGUUCUGUAAGAGGGAGGGAGUUUCGCCCACAGCUGCAGCACGAGUGGAGCUUCCAGAGGAGUCUCCGCGGGUUUGCUGCCGGUCGCAUCCCUGGGAUCCUCAAAGAGAGAGAAUUCUCCCUCGGACGCCUCAACAAAGUGUUUGCUUCCCAAUGGCUCAACCACAGGCAGGUGGUGUGUGGGACCAAAUGCAACACGUUGUUUGUAGUGGACGUCCUUUCAGGACAGAUCACCAGGAUCCCCAUGCUGAAGGACAGAGAGGGCAGAGGAGAUGUCUCGCAUGGUUUGGGAGGAUUGAGAGGGCAUUUCCAUUUCCAAAGUCCAGGACCAAUGGGCAGUCUGGAUGCCCAGCAGGGAUGCGGCAUCCACGCUAUAGAGCUUAACCCCUCUCAUACGUUGCUGGCCACCGGCGGUGACAACCCCAACAGUCUGGCAGUGUACCAGCUUCCCACACUUGACCCUGUCUGCGUUGGGGAUGAUGGGCACAAUGACUGGAUAUUCUCCAUUGCAUGGAUCAGCGAUACCAUGGCUGUCUCAGGAUCUCGAGACGGUUCCAUGGGUCUGUGGGAGAUAUCAGAGGAGGUGCUGAAUCAGGCGGAGAAGCAUCAAAACGUGGAAGGUGUUCCUUGUUACUCCCACAUCUCUCACAGUGCCCUUAAAGACAUCCCCAAGGAGUAUACCCACCCCUAUAACUGCAAAGUGCGUGCACUGGCCUUCAACAACAGCCAUAAGGAGCUUGGUGCAGUUUCUUUAGAUGGGUAUUUUCAUCUCUGGAAGGCACACGACAACCUUUCUAAGGAGCUUUCCACCAAACUCCCUUACUGUAAGGAAAACGUUUGUCUGGCAUAUGGACUGGACUGGUCUGUGUAUGCAGUGGGCUCUCAGGCACACGUUUCUUUCCUAGACCCUCGGCAAUCUUCUCAAAACAUCAAAUCCGUUAGCUCCAGAGAGCGUGGGAGUGGUAUACGCUCUGUGAGCUUCUAUGAGCACAUAGUGACGGUGGGCACUGGUCAGGGUUCACUGCUCUUCUACGAUAUCAGAGCCCAGCGUUUUCUGGAUAGUACAUUCGGCGGGUAUCGGAAUCGCACUGCGGAGGGCAUCCUUAAGCUCACUACAGGGAGAGGUUGGCUGAAUCACGACGAAACAUGGAGAAGCUACUUUUCCGAUGUCAGCUCCUUCCCGAAUGCCGUGUACACGCACUGCUACGACGACUCCGGCACCAAACUCUUUGUCGCUGGCGGUCCUUUGUGUUCUGGUCUACAUGGAAACUACGCCGGUCUCUGGAGCUAGCCUCCAUCAUCCCUCCAUUUCUCUCAUACAUGUGCGUGUAGGCCAUCCUCCAUUCUCAUCCUCACUAUUAUCCAUUGCUUAUGGGACUCAGGAGCAAAGAUGACAUUUUUUUCUGUGUUUUUUCAUUUACCUGUUGUGCUCUGUAAUUCACCUGUUUUUGCUGUGGACAAAAAAGCAAGAAAUAACAAGGGAUAUCAAUACCAUAACCUGCUCUCUUGAAAGAGUUCAUUCUGUCCUGGAUGCAAGAAGGAGAUUUUCUUUUCUCGCAGACUGCAGCUCGAGAACUGUAAAAUAGUGUAAAAAUAUAUUAAAAUGUUUAACAGUCUCUCUGAGCAUUGCGUUUAUGCUUUUUGUUUCAUUUUUUUUCUUUCAUUUCAAAAACUGCAGUGCCAGAAACAUGCCGUGUUUGUUUUGCUGUGUUGUUUUUUGCCGAUCAGGCCACUUUGCGUUGCUGUGGAUUGAAAUGACGUUGUGGACACUGAAAAGAGUGAGAAGGGGGUUUUGGAGAUCAUUUUUGAUUAAGUGAAUGGACAAGUCCUAUCCUUUAUCCUCGCUGUGCUUAGUGGACACAGAAAAGGACUAGGGAACUAGACUGCACAUAUAUGUAGACUAUUGAGAAUCAAACUAAGUGAUUCAGACUGGUCAAUGAAGACUCACCUAUUUGUGUAUUUUUUUUUUUUUUUGCCCCUUCAUGUUUUCCAAAAUAAUGGCAGGGAGUAACAAAUGUGGUAAAUGACAGAUACCUUAUGUUCUGUUUGAGUUAUCUUUAAAAAUGCCUCUUUUAUUGCUAAUGAUGUACUUAUUAACAUCCACACACACACACAUCAAGAUUGCAAAGUUUCCUCGAUGACUUUACACUUCGUAUUUAUUUUGUAUUGUGCCGUCACUAGCACUCAUUAAGUUCAGGUAGUCAUAUUGUUCAAAUUUUUGCGUCUUUUCUGCAUAAAGGCAGGGCAGCGUCGUCCCUCAUUGUUGCCUUUCCAAAAUCUUUCUGUGAAAGACUUGCAGAUUUAAUUUGUUUUUAGCUUUUUUACAUUAAUUUUUUGAUGGAAUCAUUACACAAUUGCUAGAAGAAUAAACACAGUAACGGCCAUAUAUUAAGGAGAAAAUUUCCAUCAGUUUUAAAAUGUAUUUUAUAUAUAAAUGUAUAUGUAUACAUAUUUGGAAUCUAAUAGAAGGAGAAUACAGUUUAUGUAAAUGUCAGAGGUUAUAUGUGGGUGUGUGUGUGUGAGAGUGAACUAAUCUGUCAUUAUUUUGGUGGUGCCCUUUUUAUACUCACUUCAUAAUUGUUUUUACAGAUUACAAGUGUAAAGAUACUGUACAAUAUCAAAACAAGCAAAAGAAACCACAAAGCAUUCUUCAAAAAAGAAAAAAUGAAUAAAAGUUUAUUGAUGUAUUUUUCUUCCAUUUUA